GUGGGAGCGGCCCUGCGGCUGUGAGGCGUGUGGGCGGGGGCUGCUGUCGGUCGGCGCUGCGGACGGGGGCUGGUGGCUGCGUGAGGGCCGAGGGCUGCCACAGGCCGGCGGAGCGGGUCGGGGUGCGGAGUCUGCACAGCAGCCGAGCCCGGUGCCAGCGGGAUGUCAGCCCCACCAGACAAGCCGCACGACAUCCUGAAGAGCUAUGCGGAAAGCCUGCUGCGGACCCAGCCAGAGGAGUGGAGGAAGUUCGAGGGCAAUGAGGAGGCUGCAGCCACGCUGGAUGAGUUCUUCCAGCAGCCGGACGUGCAGGAGUUGGUGCUGGGGCGGGAUCCCACCGGGCAGCUCCAGGCAACCACCCAUUUCCCACCCACCCUCGAGAGCAAGGCCGUCUACUUUGUGAAGAAGAAGAGGGAGAAGAUCACCCCAGAGAACUUUCAGAGUGGGGUGAUGGUGGGAGACAUCAGCCCCUCGCCGGUGGAGCAGCUCAUUACCAUGAUGGAGGAGGUUGUGUCCCCGCUGCUCAGCGAGAAGAAUAUGGCAGGCUUGCCUGGGGUGGUGGUGGAGGACGUUGUGCGAGAAACUCGCCAGCUGAAGAAGGAGAUGUUGGUGAUGCGCGGGAAGAUCCAGGGGAAGCCGCUGCUCGUGCUGCCGGAGCACCUGGACAGCCGCUGGGCGGGGCCCAUGGACAAUUCAAUGCUGCCCACCAUCGAGACCGUGGUCACGCAGUGGUCCCACCAGAUCCGAGACGUCCUGAGCAAGGACUCGGAGCAGUCGCUGCUGGAGGGGCUGCACCCUCUGCCCAGGACGGAGAUCGAGUUCUGGCACACCAGGACGGUCGCCCUGCAGUGCGUCAAUGACCAGCUGCUCUCUCCCCGAGCGACGGAGAUGGCUGAAGUUCUGGAGAAGGCCAACAGCUGCUACUGGCCAAUGCUCCAGAGCUUGCUCAGGGAUGUCAGUGCCGGCCUGGAGGAAGCCAAGGACGUCGGCCUCCACCUGCAACAGCUUCGGAUCCUGUUGGAAAAGUUGGAGCAGGCAAAUUACUUGCAGCUGCAGCCCUGCCUGGACAGGGUGCUGUGCGCCGUCUGCCUCCUCCCUGCUCACUGCCAGUACUACAGCUCGCCUGCCCGGGUCAUCAUGCUCCUGCGGAAUAUCUGCAACCUCCUCAUCGAGAUGACCCGUACCUUUGUGAGCCGUGAGGGUGUGAUGAAGGGGCUGCAAGGAGAAACCCAAGAGAUCUUGGGAAGAAUCAGGCUGAGCAUUCCCACCGUGGAGAAGUUCUUCCAGUCCUACAGCACUUACUGCUCUGACCCGAUUCCCACCUUGCUCCAGGAGGAGCUACAGCUCUGGAAACUUCCUCCCUUCCUUCUGUUCAGGAGAAUGGACUCCUUCUUGCAGAGGCUCAAGACUAUCGAGGAGCUGUACCAGACAGCUGUGGAGUUUCAGAAACUGGAGAAGGCAGAGCUGGAAGGAGUGAGAGGAAAAAUCUUCAGGAGCCAGCUGUUUCAGAUCUGUGAGGAGGUCUCAGAACUCAUCAAGGCUUUUGUGGAGUGCAAGUAUGAUCCCUUAGAUCCCACAGAAGAGCAAUGGAACAAAGACUUUGCAGCAUUCCAGAAGAAGAUGGAGGACGUGGACAGGAGGCUGGCCACCAUCUUCCGCCAAGGCUUUGAAGACUGCAGCCGCCUGGCAUCUGCUGUGAAGUCAGUGCACAUGUUCUCCUCCCUGCUGGAACGACCUUUGAUAAAGGCCGAAGUAUCUCCCUGUUACUCAGCCCUGCUGAGUAUGUUCCACGCCGAGCUGAAGAACGUGAGGGUGCUGUUUGAAGCCCAGACCGCUUCCCUACCGUCACCUGGGGCAGGGCAAGUUAUCAACAAAAACUCGCCACCGGUGGCCGGGCAGCUGGCCUGGGCUCUGGAGCUGCAGCACCAGCUGGAGAGACCAUACAGGGACUUGUUUGCCAUCAGCCACCCUGCGAUGGCCAGUGCUGAAGCUAAAGAAGUGUCCGGGCAGUAUGAAGAAAUGAUGGGACUGCUGCAAGGUUACAGCGAGAAGGUCUACGAGGAGUGGGUGCAUGGAGAUGGCCAGGACUGUCACUUCGGUCUGGAGCAGCCCUUGAUUCUGAGAGACCCCGUCUCUUCUCUUCUUAUCGUGAACUUCAGCGAAACACUGGUGGCUGUUCUGCAGGAGGUGAAAUACAUGAAAUUCCUGCAGAAGAAGGAUAUCCCGCGCAGUGCUGAGAGUCUCUUUGCUCAAAGGGAGUCUUUCCAAAAGCUUGUGGACGACCUGGAGCGUAUCGUUGGCUGGUACAAUGAGGCAGGUUGAUGAGGGGAGACAACCUGGCUGCUCUUCCGUGCUCUCGGCACUGGUCAGGUUGAAACUGGCUGGGGAGCUCCAGGGGACAGGCUGCUAUGAAAGCGGUCCUGGAAGACCAGAGCGGUUGGGGUACACUGGGCACAUCCCCCCCAACCUAGUCCCUGCCCAUCCCGUGGUUAAGACAAGCUCCUGCUGCCACCAUCACUCUGGCUUCCUCUGCCCCUCAGGCUCCAUGUUGGUGGGGUGGGGAUCCCAUUCCUCUGUAAACCCAGUGACCUGGCGAGCACGUCUCCACAGUCAAAGCAGAGUCCUCUGCCUGCAGCACUCACCUGCGGACACGCUGUCCCCUAGGUGAAGCUGUGUCUGCUGCCAGUGGAGCUCUCGCUGCU